CCCCCCCCCCCCCCCCCCCCCCCUGCCGCAUUCCGAGCGAUGGCCGACUCCGCCGCCCUCUCCUCCUCCCUCCCGCGCUCGCUGGCGUCCAGGAGGCCCCUCUCCUCCCCGCUCCGCGGCGGCGGGAGGCCCCGGUCCCCGCGCCGCUGCCGCCCCGGGUCGCGGCUGCGCGCCCGGGCGAGGAAGGGCGAGCCCGAGGACCUCUACGGGCCCUACCCGUGGGAGCAGCCCCUGGAUCUCUCCACCGGGUUCGAUAUCGAGUGGGUGCAAGAGGAUAAAAUCACGCUCUUCACUUCCGAUGGGCUGGUUCAGAUAGGCGGUAACAUGGUGCCUCGUCGAGUCACCGCCUCCGAGAAGAGGCAACAAAAGGGAAAAGGCAAACCCCGCCGGUUUCAGGAGAGCUCUUACAUGGAUCCAAAUCAAAGUCUUUGCCUUGGAGCACUGUUUAACAUAGCAGCUACAAAUGGCCUGGACAUGGGUAGAAGAUUAUGCAUCUUUGGCUUUUGUCGGUCUAUUGAAAUGCUAAGCGAUGUGGUGGAAGAUACCGUCUUGGAGCAUGGUGGCGAGAUUGUCACUGCAGAGAAGGCGAGCAGUGACGGCCUUCAGGAGAAGCUGACCAUGUCGGUGGCUGUUCCGUUGCUGUGGGGUGUCCCUCCGGCAUCGGAGACCCUCCAUGUGGCCGUGCGGAGCGGCGGAGGCAUCGUGGACAAGAUCUACUGGCAGUGGGACCUGUUCUAAGAGCCCAGAGCCUGCAGACAUUGGUUGACAAAUAAUCCACCCCACCCACACUGUAUAUAUGAUCCUUAACUGGCCUGGCUGCACGCAUUGUGUCAGCUUGCAACUGUGUUCGUGUCCUUGUGCGCAACCAGCAACAAACUUGGUGUAUACCUGUACAGACCUGAUUCCUCUGGUGCAUAUAAAUAAAUAAAAAGGGUUCCGGAUUCA